AUGGCUAUUGAUACGGCUCAAAAGGCCAUACUAGCUAUCAAAAAACUGAGUAUUAAAUUCCUUGAUUUCACACAAUCCCUGGUGGUCAAAUCAGAUGCUAUCUUAGGGACUAAAUAUUAA